UCGACGUGUAGUCCUAGUGACGACACGAGAGAUGGAUGCUUCGUGGACCACUUUUCUUUAAAAAAAUCGAGAGAUGGCGUCCUGCAUCCCGUGAAUAAUCAAAAAUGAUUAUAAAGAAUUGAUGAAGAGGUCACUCUACCGUAAUGUAUCAUUAUGCUACGACCCCUCAAUUGAACAUCCUCCAACUUCCGCCUCUGCGUGUCCAACGCAAGGAGACAGGGAGAGAAGGGUGAUGGCUGCCGGUGGAGGAUGCGGGGAGACUGUGGAUCAGUACCGGGCGGAGGUGGCGCGGCUUACCCAGGAACUUGCGGAAGCGAACAGAGAGAAGAUAAGGGCGGCAGAAUGCGGUCUUGUUGUGUUGGAUGAGAACCACACUCUAAAGCACCAGUAUGCCGAUCUGGAAUCGGAACAGGAGACGCUGAAGCAAGAGUUGGAACAAUUACAAGAGGCGUUUGGCCAGGCAUACUCCAACCAGCGUAAGGUGGCGGAGGAUGGCGAGAUCAACGAGGAGUCGCUGCUGCAGGAGUCAGCGUCAAAGGAGGCCUUCUACAUGGGCCAGCUGCUGGAGCUGCAGACGGAUCUGAAGCUGAGCCGCUCCGUGGCGUCCAACGCGUCCAACGAGAGCGAGAGGCUCAACACCGUGCUUCAGGAGCACAAAGAGAGUAAUGAGAUGCUGGAGCUGCAGCGGAGCAGAAUGAGAGAGGAAAUCAGGGAGUAUAAAUUCAGAGAGGCGCGACUCCUACAGGACUACACUGAGCUGGAGGAGGAGAACAUCACCCUGCAAAAACUAGUGUCCACCCUCAAACAGAACCAGGUGGAGUAUGAGGGUCUGAAGCAUGAGAUCAAGGUUCUGGAAGAGGAGACGGUGCUGCUGAACAGCCAGCUGGAGGAUGCUGUGCGUCUGAAGGACAUCUCUCAGUCCCAGCUGGAAGAGGCUCUGGACACCCUGAAAAUUGAGAGGGAGCAGAAGAACAGCCUGAGGAAGGAGCUGGCCCACCACAUCACCCUCAGCGACAGUGUGUACGGGGCCGGAGCCCACCUGGCUCUCACCGCCACUGUCGACGGGCUUAAAUUUGCCACCGAAGAGGUCGGGAGUAAUGGUACAGCCAUGCAUAAUGGAGCCAACGGGAAUGAGGAUAGCAACGGCCACUGUAAUGGACACCUGGGAUUGGCUACGAUGAACGGCGACUACCGGCUGCCCAGGGAGGGGUUGCAUGGUCCUGUGUCUGACCUCUUCAGCGAGCUCAACCUGUCUGAGAUGCAGAAAGUAAAAAAGCAGCUGUUUCAGGUGGAGCGUGAGAAGUCAUGCCUCCUGAUGAACCUGCAGGAGUCCCAGACCCAGCUGCAGCACAUGCAGAGCGCCCUGACGGAGCAACACGAGCACGUCCAACGCCUCACCGAGCGUGUCAACGUCAUGAAGCACCUCCAAAAUGACAAGGAGAUGGCUGAUGCUCAGGAGACUGAGAAGUCCAACGGGUCGCCCUCGCCCUGUCACCGCGACUACGAAGUGGACAUCCACGGGAUGGACAUCCUGGAGUGUAAGUACAAGAUGGCAGUAACCGAGGUGAUGGACCUGAAGGCGGAGCUAAAAGCCCUGAAGGAGAACUAUAACCAGUGUGUGGAGGGCCAGGGGGAGGAGUGGAGCAGCAGCGAUGGGAAGGUCCAGGCUCUGGACGAGCAGGUCAACCGGCUGGAGCAGAGCUCCCACGAUUCCCACGAUAGGGUGGCGUGUUUGGAGGCGGAACUAAAGACGGCGACGGGUGUGGCCUCAGAGAGCCACAGCAUGCUGAACACAGCACAGGACGAGCUGGUAACAUUCAGCGAGGAGCUGGCCCAGCUCUACCACCACGUGUGUCUCUGCAACAAUGAGACGCCCAACCGCGUCAUGCUGGACUACUACCGCCAGAGCCGUAACACCCGCAGCAGCAGCCUCAAGGGCUCUGAGGACCCCCGGGCACUCCUCUCCCCUCGCCUGGCUAGACGCCUCUCCGCUAUCAAUGCAGGGUUCUCCGAUGCCCCACGGAGCCCCAUAGACUCGCCCUCCAAAGAACCCCCCAGUGUGGACAACGGGGAAACAGGGAGGGAGUCCCCAGCACCAGGCAGCCAGGGGAGCCCAACCCGCACCCUCAUGGGCUCCCCGGUCAUCAACGGCACCAACGGCCCUUCCUCCUCCUCCCCCGUGCCUCCCGAGGCAAGUGGAGAUCUGCGUAAGGAGCCCAUGAACAUCUACAACCUGAACACCAUCAUCAGGGACCAGAUCAAACACCUGCAGAGGGCCGUGGACCGCUCCCUCCAGCUGUCUCGACAGAGGGCAGCCGCCCGGGAGCUGGCCCCCUUGUUCGACAAGGACAAGGAGGCCUGCAUGGAGGAAAUCCUCAAGCUCAAGUCCCUCCUCAGCACCAAGAGGGAGCAAAUUGCCACGCUCAGACUGGUGCUCAAAGCCAACAAACAGACUGCAGAGGUGGCGCUGGCUAAUCUAAAGAGCAAGUAUGAGAAUGAGAAGUGCAUGGUGACAGAGACUAUGAUGAAGCUGAGGAACGAGCUGAAGGCUCUGAAGGAGGACGCCGCCACCUUCUCCUCUCUCAGGGCCAUGUUCGCCACCAGGUGUGAUGAGUACGUGACUCAGCUGGAUGAGAUGCAGAGACAGCUGGCAGCGGCGGAGGAUGAGAAGAAAACCCUGAACUCCCUGCUCCGCAUGGCCAUCCAGCAGAAGCUGGCCUUGACCCAACGCCUGGAGGACCUGGAGUUUGACCACGAGCAGGCCAGGGACCGCGGCCGCGGCACAAAGGUGCCCAAGAUCAAGAGUAGCCCGCCCAAAGUAAGUCGACGAGCCGCUCUCACCGCUCCCCCCAGCCCUACCAUGAUACACAGCCCUUCCUCCACCAGCUCCCACCCCUUCAACACCUCCCUGACCCUCUGCAGCCCUCCCUCCCUGGAGCUGCCCCUGUCCUCCAACCCCUGGUCGUCCUCAGACAGAGGCUCAUCCCAGUUCUCUUCCUUGCCUCCCCUGGGUGACCCCCAAUGGUCCCUAGGCACUCAGACCUUCAUUAUUGACCCAGAGUCGCUGAGUUUAGAGUUCUGUCGACUCGUUAACAGUCGAGACUCUGGUCUGCACUCUCCUAGCUCUGCCCCUGCGUCUCCCUACCGCUCACCCAUUCCCAAGACUUGGCAACACUUGUCGCCGGGGUCGGUGAGAACUCGUACCCAAAAAGACGCACCUCGGCCCUCUGCUCUGGCCACAUCUCCCAGCAACCCUGUCCCUCGCUCCUACAGUUCCCAGAUGCCCCAGCCCUGAGUCCGGGGGGGUGGGUUGGAAACAGAGAGGAGGACAGACUGGUUUCCUGUUCCCUGUGUCUAGGUUGACCUAUGCCUAUGCAGUACUGUGACACUCUUCUCAGGGAUUGGCUAUGAGAAGGAGCCCAACAGAGCUUGUUCCAUCUGCAGACAAUACUCAACAGUCUGUUUGUAGUUUUGGGCUCUUAAGGCACCACAGUUGCUAUUGUCCAUUUCUGUAAAUAAAGGGAUUUAGAGAAUAAAUUAAAUAUACUGUAUGUGAGAAAUAUACUAGGAAAUGUGAAGUUCUAAUGAAAAAUAAUGUUGAAUUUUAGUGUAUGAGGAUGUGGUGUGUUUAAUGAGCUAAGAUAGUGUGAGGGGAUACUUGUACAUUUUGGAGAUAUUUGAUGCGCUAUAACACAAUGUUGUAUUUCCCACCCUUGGCACAUACUUCUCAUAUCACACAACCUAAUUAUUUUCCCAAUGGCUAUUAACAUUCUUAGGCAAUUGAUUUUCCCUGUUGUAUUCAAUGCAUAUGAUCAAAGUCUCUUUGUAAUCAAUACAUGCGUUGCUUUUUCCAACCAUCUAUAGACUGUGCGUAGGGCUACCAUGUGUACUGUGAGCCUCAUUGACCCAUGGUGCCACUCAGUGGCUGAUUUACACAGUUACAGCUGAAACACAUUGAUAGCCAUUGGAAUUCCUCAGUCUGUCCCAGUAGAGGCUGGUGGGAGGAGCUACAGGAGGACGGGCUCAUUGUAAUGUCUGGAAUGGAACUGAGUCUAACAUGUGGUUUCUAUAUGUUUGAUGUGUUUGAUACUGCUCCAUUGAUUCCAUUCCAGCCAUUACAAUGAGCCUGUCCUCCUAUAGCUCCUCCCACCAGCCUCCUCUGAUCUAUCCCUAUGAAUGUUUGCCACAGAAAAUAUUAAACCUUGUUUAAAUCUCUGGGAAUCUUCUUUUGUUAAGCAAAGAUGGCAGCGAUGCAAAUUAUACAAAGGAACCGUAUCUAUUUCUUUACGGUACAUUACUAUGUAGGCCACUUUACAGUACUUCUCUGGCUUCGUUUACACAGGCAGCCCAACUCUGAUCUUUUUUUCACUCAUUGGUCUUUUGACCAAUCAGAUCAGCUCUGAAAAAUAUCUGACGUCAAAAGAUUUGAUGUAAUUGGUCAAAAGACUAAUUAGUGGUGUAAACGCAGCCUCUGACACACAGUCUAUCAAUUAAACAAUUUUGAUAACACUGCAAAUCAUAUUAUUAUUCAUGUUAUGAGAAAGAUUUCAAGGAAUCAUUCUAGUUUGUAUUCCUCAUGAUUGAUUAACAUUUUCAAGCCAUUGUAUAAUAUUAAUCUUCAAUUUUCCACAUCUCUAGAGCAAAACGUAUUUGACAGAAGUCCCUUCCACGUGUCUACAGAGAUACACUGACUGACCAAGCUCUACCUGAUUUCAGAGCCCUAUUCAGUGCCACAAUCCAUUGUCCCUUCUCUACAUUAUACUAAGUACACUAUAGCUUGACUUCCUUGUUCCUUGUGACCUUAGUCUAUAAUGAAUAUAGAAAACAUAGCAAACACAGUGUGUGUGUGUGUGCGAGACAGAAACUGAGAGAAUGAUCUAUCAUGGUUUUUCUGUCAGUGUUGAUAGAUGUUUGUUGUGGCAUACAUGUGACUUUGCUCAGUCCAAUCUAAGAGAAAGUAUAUAAAUGGUUUAAAUGCAGAUAAACCAUUCAGAGCAGCAUGGAAACCAGUAUGACCUCCUCUCUAUGAUACCCUAACCACACAACCAGCCCUACUACGCUCAUCACCCUGAAAAGAACACGCCUUGAAAAGCACCCCAAAUCAACCCUAUGCCCAUGCCAUGUAGUGCCAGCAGAUAGCAGUGUCUACCAGUUACUUCUCACACUGACCUAUCUGUGGUUAUUGGCUUAUGGCUCCUACAGUGGUCAAAUGUUUUUAUUGACACAAAAAGAGGUGAAGAAUGCUCAUGUACAUUCAGCUCCAAUCCCUGUGACAUAACAUUGGUUGGACUUUGACUCUAUAAAAAUUUAACCCAAGGCUGCAGGGUCAUUCGUUCAUUCAUGUCUUAUAUUUGUGUAUGAUAUUAUAACUCAUCUGAUCUAAAUAUGCUGAUUUGUUUUUAGCCCAUAGCUGUACAUGAGCAGCAGUUGAUUACUAAGUCUGACAGCCACCAUGAUGGUGGUUUGCUUUUUGUUUGUUUGUCUCCUUUUGGUGCCGCACAGAAAAAUACAUGACUGGAUUUGAAACUGCGUAAAUGUUCUAUGUGUGUCUGUGUGUUUCCUUGUGUGUGUCCUGUACGUUAAUAGUGCUGUCCAUCCUCCUCGGGGGAUGGAUAGAGGAAUGCCUUGUCAGUUGGGUCAGAUGAGGCUGGUUUUAAAUAACGAGCAGUCAUUCAGUGAUGCACAAGCCCAUUAUUGGCCUUGCAAAAUGAACAGAGAGCUCUCUCUCCCCCUCUCUCUCUCUCUCUCUCUCAUCAUCUCUCUCCUCUCUCUCUCUCUCUCUUUCUCUCUUUCUCUCUUUCUUUAUCUUUGUCACUCUUAUAUAAACAUAAAUAACAAUUCUCACACAAAAUGAACUUCUGUUGUAUGUCUGACUGUAGAAAGCAUUAUUCAUUUACUUUCUAGACAAAUAAAUCAUUAACAAAAACAUAAGAAUGCGUAAAUUGUAUUAACUCAAAUGGACUGUAUUACAGUUAGAUGUUAACUUCCAAAAUGUGAUAUUCCAAUAAAAUUAAAGUGAUUACAAGAAAGA